UCUCGAUCCUUCACCCGUCUUCUCUUCGUCUCUCCUGGGUAUAAGGGGGUAUAUGCCGGCAAAACCCCCCUCUUCUUUGAGAGAUUCUUCGCCUUCUUCAACUUGCUACAUUUUCCCUCCAGAUCCGAGACCAAGAAUACAGACAUUCGCUGCCAUUCCCCUCUAGCUUUUAAAACUUUUCUCAUUUUCCCAGACAUCCCUUUUUUCCCACACGUACUUCCCUUCAUCAAAGCCAUACAAAGCCUAUAG